AUGCCGGGAGGGAGUCCUGCGCCGCUUGUUGAUGUUCCAGCCUCCGAAGUCAAUUACGCCGAAAUGCCCACCGAAGAAGACCUGGUGAUUUACGGAGACUGGGUUGGGCGAGUUGAAUCGAUCACUAAUCUCAUUCGUGUGCAAUUGGCGGAUAAGUGCGUCGUGGAAAUCGGUGAUGCGGCUGGCGAGCACGUCGAMGGCUCUGAGGGGACCUUCUCUGUUGGUGACAUCGUAAAGUCGAAAAAGCCUGCACUUCGACUCGGAUCCUGGAUCUUUGGCAAGUACAAUCCCAACACGCCGCCAGUGGGAACUGUGGUCAGCCUGCGCACUAUCGGUGCUCAUAUUGAGUGGCUAGAACAUAGGAUCUACUCUGAUCAAGUAGAGCCGCCGAAUCUUUUGGAGGUAUCAGAGCUGGAAUCUUCACGAUUUCAGGUGUAUGACCGAACGAGACGACCACCACGCUCGUCUUUGUCUGACAAUCCUACCCAUCAAACUGUAUCGAACUCGGAGCCAGAUGUGCGACUCAACUUGCGAGUACGUUUCCGGGACAUCUCCAAAGCUCAGCAGAAAUAUCCUGGCAAUCCCUGGAUUGAACGCGUCUCAACCUACGGCUACGACAUGAACGUCUUUGAUGUAACAUCAUUUCAUACUUCAGUCACAGUUCAGUGGCAAAAUCUCGAGAUUACCCAAGAAGAAAGUAUCGACGUGGUCCCCGAUACAAAUAUAGAUGACGAGCACGAUGCGUGGCCUGGCGAAAUCGCACAUACUCUAGGUAUGCGUCCCAUUGAAGGUGAACCGGACCCUCAAUAUGAAGAGCCCGAGCGCGUGGGCGUUGUACAGGCCGUCAACUCCACGGAUCGGCUCGCUACGAUUCUAUGGUCGCCAGAUGCGUUUGUGCACUACACGACAGCUAGCGAAGACGAGAGCGGACAUGCCCAUCUCGUGGCGCAUUCCAUUCCAGAAUCAUCUGGGAACUUGCAAGAGGUCAGCCUCUACGAUAUCAAAACGGCACCGGCGUUGAACGUGAGAAGAGGAGACAUCGUUAUGAUUGACAAUAUGCUGCUCAAUCCUCGGGUCGUGGAUACGGAAUCAACGCGCGACGCGAGCUGGCUUGGCGAGAUAGUGGAUACACUCCUAAAUGGCCUGCUCGUCAUUCGACUGGGCGCUUCACAUAAUGUGAGGGACGUAGCUCUUGAUCGUGGACAGCUCUUAGUCGCGGUCCGCUCAGAUGGCACAGCGCCAUUGGACGAGUGGGAUGAAAGCGAGGCAGAGGAGGAUUUUGAUUACGAAGAAGAAAGUGACUUGAAUGACGAAGAAUGGGAGAUGGAGGAUGGCGAAGCAGACGUCCGCUACGAGGAUGAGUUUGGUGACCCGAUGGAUGAAGAAGAGGUGGAGAAUGAGGAUUGGGAGUCAGCCGAUGAGGCUGGUGAUGCAGAAAUGUUCGAUGCUCAAGAGCAGCAGACACCGCCCACACCUCAUUCAAAGACAGAUACGGGGAAUGAGUCCGACAAGCACCAUGCUACCACUUUCAAGGUGGCACGAGGGCCGCCUUCGUAUCUGAUUCUCGAAGAAGACGUGCCAGCGGACCAUCAUUUCGCACAUGAGCCGCCAACAGAAACGCAGCUCCACUUGAAACGCACCAUGAAAGAGCACAAGAUUUUGAGAACAUCCGCCGCCCUGCCAGAGGGCGUCUACAUUCGGACUUGGGAGCGUCGGAUGGACUUGCUUCGUAUUCUGAUAAUCGGCCCAACAGAGACACCCUACGCACAUGCGCCUUUUGUACUGGAUAUCUACUUGCCAUCAGAGUUUCCCACCAAGCCACCAGCAGUCUUCUUCCACUCCUGGCCGGCACACGCACGAAUAGGCGGAACUGGACGUGUCAACCCGAACCUCUACGAAGACGGCAAAGUCUGCCUUUCACUUCUCGGGACGUGGUCUGGGAACAGCGUGGAAGAAUGGAAUGCCUCUCGGAGUACCCUACUUCAAGUCGUGGUCUCGCUGCUCGGACUCGUACUAGUCCGCUCACCAUAUUACAACGAGGCUGGGUAUGAAGCUCUGGUGGGGACGGAAGAGAACAAACGACCAAGCGCUUUGUACAGCGAACGUGUCUACCUCCGAGCGAAAGGCUUUCUGAUAUCUGCUUUAUCACAGCCUGAGAGUACACCUGGACUGGCUGGAUUACAAGACGUCAUAAAGUGGAUCUAUCGCGAUUCUCAAGGUCCGAGACUUCUUGAUGUGACUAUCAAGGACGUUGAGGCGGCUCUGGAAAACAGCCAAGGAGGUGCGGAGCUCGAUGGACUUACGAUCAUGAGCAAGGGAGCUUGUACUUCACUCGCUCGGGUUCUUGAGACUUUGAAGGGAAUGAUGGAUGUCUGA